AUGUCUUAUAAUCCAAUCUCAUCAAAUAAUACUGAUUGGAUAAAGGAGAUGGAUGAUGAAUUUUGGGAUGACACUGACGAUCAAAUAAGGCUUUACUUAUAUCAACAAAUUUCAAAUCCGCCUAGAUCAAUCGUUCCCCAGGGCUGUGAAAGUGGUGCAGCACGCCUCUACCGAGACUACUUUUCUCCUGAACCCAUAUAUCCAGCGUCAACGUUUCGAAGACGGUUUCGGAUGAGAAGGGAAAUGUUCAUGCGUAUAAUAGAUGCCCUUCAAAGUAAGUCAUCGUUUUUCAAGCAAAGGAGUGAUGCAGCCAACAAAGUAGGUUUAUCUCCACUUCAGAAAUGCACCGCAGCUAUUCGCAUACUUGCUUAUGCAAUCCUUGCUGAUGCUCUUGAUGAGUAUAUUAAAAUCGGUGAGAGCACUGCUAUUGAAUGUUUAUUUAAAUUUUUUCGUACUAUUAUUGAAGUUUUUGGAGGGGUUUACAUGAGAAAACCGACUUAUGAUGAUGUUCAACGAUUGCUAAAGUUGCAUGAAGAGUGUCAUGGUUUUCCUGACAUGCUUGGUAGUCUUGAUUGCAUGCAUUGGGCCUGA